AAGGUUUGAGCCCUGCGAGCCUCGGUGGCUCGGCGGCGGCGCCGUCCCGGCCUCCUCGUCGGCAUCCCCCCGCCCACUCGCGGGCUCUCGGCUUCCACGUCAGGGGCGCGCCGCGGAGAUGGCGGCUCAGAAGAUAAACGAGGGGCUCGAGCACCUCGCCAAAGCCGAGAAAUACCUGAAAACUGGUUUUCUGAAAUGGAAGCCGGAUUAUGACAGUGCUGCUUCUGAAUAUGGAAAAGCAGCUGUUGCUUUUAAAAAUGCCAAACAGUUUGAGCAAGCAAAAGACGCCUGCCUGAGAGAAGCUGCUGCCCAUGAGAAUAACAGGGCUCUUUUUCAUGCUGCCAAAGCCUACGAGCAGGCCGGCAUGAUGCUGAAGGUCAGUGACGUGUCACAGCCCUUACAAAACCAUCGCCCAGGUCCUGGUCCACCUGCACAGGAACGACUACGUGGCCGCAGAGCGGUGUGUCCGGGAGAGCUACAGCAUUCCUGGCUUCAACGGGAGCGAGGACUGUGCUGCCCUGGAGCAGCUCCUGGAGGGCUACGACCAGCAGGACCAAGACCAGGUGUGCGAGGUCUGCAGCUCGCCCCUCUUCAAGUACAUGGACAACGACUAUGCGAAGCUGGGCCUGACCCUGGUGGUCCCAGGCGGCGGCGUCAAGAAGAAGGCGGCUGCCUCCCCCCAGCCCGCGCCCGCCGGCGCCCCCGCGGCCGAGGAAGAGGAGGACGAGUACGCAGGGGGGCUGUGCUAGGGGGGGCUCCGGCCCGGCCCCGCUGCUCAGACACGCGGCUGCGUCCCUGGACCGCUUGCCGCGCCCCUGCCCCUGAGCAUGGUUCUUCUUUCCCUGACAAGAGCUCUUGUAAGACACCAGCAGGGCUUAAUGGAAGACGCUCUGUUGCACUUUAAUACUGUCGAUUUUAAAAUCGGGAAACCAAACUCUAGACACGUUUGUUCUACACAAAAGGGACGGUAGUCACAGUUACCUCUUCUCUGGGGCUCCAGUAAUUGACUGUUAGGGAAGUUUCUUUGCAUUGAAUUUAAUAACAGCUGCUAAACGUGAAGUUUACCAGUUAAAGAACAAUAUUUUAAACAUUUGCUCAAAGGGAAGUGCAUCCUCCAUGAUAUUAGCUGUGUUUAAAUUAUUAAAUCUUCCGAGGUGAGAUUGGGGCAGGAAGCUGUUUUGAGCCUCACAAUAUUAUUUAGCCCAGUACCAGAUGCAUUUAAAGUCUCCUCUUGUACAUUUGAAAGCUUAGGAGGUAAGUGAUGCUACCUUCUGUAAAUGUCUUCAGUUCUCCGAAAUACGGGUAGUUUUUCACCUGAAAGACGCACAGUGACUCUAAACCCACUGGGUUCUUGACGCAGUGAGAACCAGCCAGCACCUUCCUCAUGCAUUUGAACAGCGCAGCGCACGCGUCCCGCUGACGGGGUGUACGUGCUGGGUGACGCUGGCUAGUCCGUCAUUUCCCAGGCAUUCCUUUCUGCCCUGUGUGCUUAGACCGCUCCCCCAGUCUCCUGAACACUGGCAGUGUGCAUCCUGCAGGCAGACGCUGCCCGAGCGGCUUUCUGCUACCUUGGCGAGCUUGUAGUCGCUGGACUUCAGGUAGAGCAUCACACGUGGUUUCAGCCACUCGGGGCCCCGUGGGAGUCAGGUAACAUCCUUGUGAGGCAGCUGGAUAGUGGGGUGGAAAGCCAUCGAAGGUCUGAUCCAAACCCUGAGCAGCGUGCUGUCUCCAGUUCCCCAGUAGGUCUGCGGACAGCAGUGCCCUCAGACGCUGGGGUAACCUGCAUGGGUUCAGGGAAGCUGUAUUUAGGCAUUGGUGUUUAAUGACACGUUCAUAUCUCGGAGAUCUUGUCACUGCUCUGCCCUCCAGAUCAAGCAGAAACUUCGGGAGUCUCUUUCUGAUGUGCAUUUGAGCUAAUUAAUAAUCCAUUUAAACAGACUUAGCAACACGUAGAAGACAUUUUAGACCCUUUGUUUAUAGACAAUAUUAUCCAUUACAGCCUUGAAAAAAGUUCUCUUUUCUUACAUAGUAAACAAAAGUGAAUGCGUGAGUCGGUUCCCCUGCAGGGGCAGCGCAACUGAGCUGUCCGCACACAAGGCUGGGACAGAGCACUCUCCUGGCCCACAGCUCCUGCAGGGGUGGGACAUGGGCACCCACCAACGCCAGGGCUGUUGUGUAGUGGCCAGUAAGGAGUGUUCGUUCCAUAGCUGAUGCGUUUCAUUUCCACUCACGUCAGUCUUUAUCCUGAGAGCGCAGAGCACACACAUUCUCCAGAGCUCGUGUCGUCGCUUACCACAGUGGACUCCUGCAUGAAUGUGCUCAGAAGCUAGUAGUCAGUGCUCUGUUGUAAGUGCAGUCAGUCUGCAAAAUAUAUUUAAUAUAUUGAAUUUGUAUAUAUGCAGAGUGUGGUAUCUGUGUAUGGAAAUCUGUGCUUUACUCCUGUUUUCUUUUCAGCUCUUUGAGUAGAAUCUUAAACGUGUUAGAGAAAUUAUUGCUUCUAUAGGAAGAUAAUUAUGAAAAUAAAAUCUGAAACUGUAA